CUCGUUCCUCCCCGCCCCGCCAUGUCGUCGACCCCCGCGGCGCGCAGACGCCCGGCGGCCGGGCCCGAGGGGGGAGCCCCCGCCGGAGCCCCCGUGCCCGGCGAUGCUGAGCGGGGCAUGGCGGCGCCGGGCCUCACGCUCUGCCUCAAGCUGCUGGCGGCGGCCUUCUACGGGCUCAGCUCCUUCCUCAUCGUCGUCGUCAACAAGAGCGUCCUCACCACCUACGGGUUCCCCUCCUCGCUGUGUGUGGGGCUGGGCCAGAUGCUGGCGACGGUGGCGGUGCUCUGGGCAGGCAAGGCACUGCGGGUGGUCAAAUUCCCUGACCUCGACAGGCAUGUCCCCCGGCGGACGUUUCCUCUACCUCUUCUGUAUUUUGGGAACCAGAUCACAGGACUGUUCAGCACAAAGAAACUGAACCUGCCGAUGUUCACUGUCCUGCGAAGGUUUUCCAUCCUGUUUACAAUGUUUGCUGAAGGAUUCCUGCUCAAGAAGAAGUUUUCUUGGAGUAUUCAGAUGACAGUAUUUGCCAUGAUCAUCGGUGCAUUCGUAGCUGCCAGUGCUGACUUGGCAUUCGAUCUGGAAGGAUAUAUUUUUAUCCUUAUUAACGAUGCCUUAACAGCUGCAAAUGGUGCCUAUGUGAAACAGAAGCUGGAUUCAAAGGAGCUGGGAAAAUAUGGUCUGCUAUAUUACAAUGCACUGUUUAUGAUCCUUCCCACCCUGACCAUUGCCUACUUCACCGGAGAUGCGCAAAAGGCGAUGGAGUACCAGGGCUGGGCAGACGCGCUCUUCAUCAUGCAGUUUACACUGUCGUGUGUAAUGGGGUUUAUUUUGAUGUACUCCACAGUUCUUUGCACUCAGUAUAAUUCUGCUCUUACAACUACAAUAGUUGGCUGCAUUAAGAAUAUUUUAAUAACCUAUAUUGGGAUGUUUUUUGGAGGAGACUAUAUUUUUACAUGGACAAACUUCAUUGGUCUAAAUAUCAGUAUUGCUGGAAGCCUGGUGUAUUCAUACAUCACUUUCACGGAGGAGCAAAUGAAUAAGCAGUCCGAAGCUGGCAUCAAGAUGGAUAUUAAAGGAAAAAGCUCUGUGUGACCAGGGAAGUGCUUUUAUUGGAAGCAACCUAUUUCUGUUCAGCUGAUUGUGGGCAGAAUGUGGGAAGGAAUCCAGGGUGCCUGCCAAGGAGUAUCUGCGAUGCUCUUAAUUUGCACAAUCCAGAUUGCUGCCUUUACAAAUUAUUGGGAAGAUGGGGAAGAUGACUGACUGUGUAGUGAAGAAUAUGUCUGUCAAAGUCUGAUCGUGAGGAACUAGUGGGUUUCUAAUCAUGCUGAGAUUUGGCAGUAGAGGCUGGCACGAGCAGUGUACACAUAAUCCGGAGGACUGUGCCUAGUGCCAAGGGCUGCACCCCGAGCAUCCUUGGCUGCCUCUCCCCUCAGUGCACCUGGGCACCAUGCGCAGCCGGGGGUGGAUGCCAGGGCCUCCCCAGGCUUGAUCUCUCUGGUGGGGCAGCACCUGCUGGGCUGUGGGACCCAGCACAGAUCCGUCUCCAGGGGGCAGGUGGGACCCCUCCUCUCCCAGGUGAGCACCAGUGUUCUCCCAGCAAAGCUGCUUCUGCAGGAAGUGCCCUGUUUGGGCCAAAGCCCCUUUGUUGAAUGUGCAGUGGUCUCUGAAUUUACAUUUGUUGGUUGGUUUGGGGGUUGUUUUUGUUCUAUUAAUCCACUUUUAAAGCUGGGUUUACCCUCCUUCGUUUCUGAGAGCCCUGCAAACAUUCACCCCUCUCCUUCCUGCCCCAGGUCUCUUUUACAAGGCUCAGGAACGUCCCCAUCGUGAAGGUUUUACCACCACCAGUGCAGGGCCAGCAGCCUCCCUCAAACUACCCCAGCGUCAGAAUCCCUUGGAUUUGGGAAAGCUGCUGGCCGUGCUGGGGCUGGCCCCGGGUACAGGGACCUCGCAGGGCCCUUUGGAUCCAAGGGGGAGUAGGAAAAGGGUUUGCAGGAGAGCUGCCAUUGUCCCAGCUGGCACCCAGAGCCGCCUCCUUCAGAAAAUCAGCUGCAAAGUGUGGGCUGAUGCUCCUGCCCCUCCAAUCCCUUUCCCACCCGUCUGCACUGUGCACAUGCCUGGAAAAGGCAUGGAAAUUUCAACAGUGGCAUUUUGGCAAGGCAAUGGGAACCUCUCGGUGCUGGUGGGAUGUGGAUGGGGGUGCUGCUGCUCAUCUCCAUGGCACUGAGCGUGCACAGCAGUACCAGCCCUUCAGCUUUGGCAAGCCCUGUCCCACAGCUUGUUUUCUGAUGUAGUAAGUUAGCUUCACUUUGUGACCCAUUAAAAGAAUGGGAUUUUUAAUAAGUCAGGCAGUGUUAACUGAUUUUUUUAAAGGUUGUCUUACACAGCACUUGCUUCUAGGUCUCUCCUUGGAUUGUCUUUUGGUUUUAAAAGAAUUGUUUGUAAUAUUGGUUAGAAGAAAAUUUUGGUAAAACUAUGAGGAUUUUUUGUCUACAUUCCUUCAGUAACCAGGGAAAUAGCUUCUAUAGACAAUAUAAAUUGUUUCUGGAAGGUAUUUGCUAAAAAAAAAAAAAAGCACCUGCUGUUUAGCAAAGCUGCAUUUAUUGGAGUGCUGAACCCCAAUGUCUUUACAUGUGACCAACCGUUCUGUGACCGUGCUGCAGGGCCUGAUGUGCUGGUGGAGAUGUGAGGUGGGUCUGCUGCCACCUGCCCCGCAAUCCCAUCCCUGGAGUCCUCCUGGCCAGCUGUGCUGCAGCCAGGGUCUCCUUCCCUUUUGAGGGCAGCGGGAUGGGGGCAUUGGGGCUGGCGUGUUGCCGUAUUUACACAGCAGCACGGGCAGUCGGUGCAUUCUGGAUCAAGGCACUGCCCUUCGGUGAGGCUCCAGAAUGGGAGAAAGAAAAAAAUUCCCUGAUAAUUUUCAUUGCUUCCUAAAUUUCAGUAAAACUUCAGCUUUGCUAUCACUCGGCUGCAGAGCUCUCCUGGUUGUAGGGAUGGCAAAUGCCCCCUGCUGUACAGAAGCCCCAGAGCUGCUUGUUUGUCUGCUCUGGGGGAGCUCCUGGGCUCCUCUGGUCCCUGCAGUGCUGCCUGUGCCACUCUCAGCCCCCCUCAGCCCCCCACCUCCAUCCCACCCGCUCUCAACGAGCUAUUGCCAACUCGCUGUUUGCUCAUCAUGUCAUGGAGGCAUUCAAGGUCAGGAUGCCGGUUCCGUCAAAAGCUAUGAUUGUUGUUCAUUUUAGAAUCUACUGGUUAGAUUUGUUGUCCAAAGGGUAAAGUAUUUUUAAAGCUUAUUUUUUUGUAAUGGGGCACAGUUCAGUGCCAGGGUCCGGAUGGUAUUGUAUGCACUGGGAAAGCAAACAGAGGUCCUACAACAGUAUUUUCUAUGCUAUUAAUCAACUAAAAUGUUUUCUAUAUAGAUUCUAUUUACAAAAUGACCAUUUUAGUGAUUAAAAGAAUGACCUUUUUAUUUGAAUGUAUGGCAGGCUUUAUAUGUCCGUCAGUGAUGAUAGCAAAAAGGAUUUUAUGUGCCUAUGUAUUUUUGUAUUGGCGUCAAAUAAACCAAUGAUGUUCCCUCCUCCUGUC